AUGAUCGCGUCUGGAUUGCAAGUAAGGGUCGGCGGUGGAGGUAGGCACAGCCUGGAUGUGGCCUGGGUGGCGGGUCGGCAGCCUGGCCUGGCUGUCAAGGUGAUGGCAAGCAUGCUGUUGAAUUCUGCCAAUAAGCUGGCGUUCGAUGCCUGGGUGGAAGAGACGGGCAUCGACUUGGUCCAGGUCAAUGGGCAAAGGAAGUUUGGUGGGCCCCCUCCAGGUUGGACGGGACAUCCUCCGUUGACUGGCUCCGAGGUGUUCGUUGGGAAGCUGCCCCAGGACGUCUAUGAGGACAAACUCAUCCCGCUAUUCCAGGCAGCGGGCAAGCUCUACGAGUUCCGCCUGAUGAUGACCUUCAGUGGGGAGAACCGGGGCUUUGCCUAUGCCAAGUACGCCAACCGCUGGUACGCCCAGUGCGCCAUCGCCAUGUUCAACGGAUACCAGAUCCGUGACGGCUUCCCCAUCCUGGUGUGCCGCAGCACGGAGAAGAAUGAGCUGUGCGUCGCGGGCAUCCCGUGGGGCAGGGGCCGGGCGGAGGUGAUGGACGUCGUCAAGGAGCUGACCGACGGUGUGUCCGACCUCUCCCUUCACCUCAGUGCCGACCGCAGGAAGAAGAUGACCAUGUUUGCCGUGGUGAAGUAUGAGAGUCACCGGGCGGCGGCGAUGGCAAAGAAGAAGCUGGUUGAAGAUUGCAUUGAGCUCUGGGGCCAACCCAUUGAGAUUGACUGGAUGAAACCCGAUGGAAGGCAGAAGGGUCAGCAGAUGCUUCUAUCCGAAACACAGCCCAGCCUUCAAGUGUCGGCCUGGCCUGUGAUGACCAGAGGACUUUGCUUGCCGCCGAUGGGGUCUGCCACAUGUGCUGCACCCACUGCCCGCUUUGCUGGCCGCAGUGGCUUCUCUCCCUCGGGGGAGAGGGGGGAGAAGAUCCGCCGGCCGUUCCCGGAAGUGCCGUGCCCGCUGAACGUGGCCUGCGAUGUUGUCCGCCUCUUGGACGCCUACUGCCUGAAGAAGAGGCUGGGCAAGCCGGUGUACAGCGUGCAGUCUGUGCGCUCCGACCAGCACCGCUUCUUGUUUAAGGUCUUCCUGCCCGGACUCGCCGCCCACUUCAGUGGGAUGGUUACGCUGACCCCAGAGGAUCUGGCUUCUGGCCGGGAUGUUCCCAAGGAAGAAGCGGCACUUCAGGUCCUGAUGUACUUGGGUCACUCAAUGGGAUUUGAAGGAUUUCAUCCCCACAGUGCCUCUGUUACGGAGAGUCAAACCUGA